UCUCGUGUGGCAGAUAAGAGCAUCCACAACCCAGGGUUCAUAUGAAUCCUUAACUGCAGCAUUAGAAUAAAAAAUUAAUAAAAGAGUGUGAUACUGGGAAGGAGCAGUCCGGUCGAAGGGUAAACGUGCACGAGGAAACAAAAAUGAAAUCAUUCGCGAAGAAGAGAACAAAAAAAGAGGAAAGGCGACGGUUUAUGCGAUUCGAUCUCCUCGAGCCAUCAAGGUUAAGGAAAAUGAGACAAGACUACAGCUACACCCAGCCUUCUUCAUCUGAGGACUCCUCCCUCGAUAUAACUUCUCUUCUUCAAGCAGAAGCUGAUAUCUACGCGGAUGAAGCGCAGAGCAUGCAUAACAUCCCCGAGCCGUAUCACUACCCUCGACAACCCGAAGCUAACGAUGGAAUCCCGGAGACUUGCUACUGUGGUGCUGACCCUGUUGUUGCUGCAUCGUACACAAGCAAAGACCCAGGCCGAAGGUAUUUCACGUGUGAGAACGCCGAUGAUGGAGACUGCCACAUCUGGAAAUGGUGGGAUGUAGCCGUAAUGGAAGAGAUGUCUGACUUUCAGAGACAACUUAGGGAGGUUAAGUCUCAACAUAACGAGAGUGAGCAGAAGCUGGUUAAGGUAGAGGAGACGGUGUCAGAGUUAUCUAAGAAGAUCUCAGGGAUUAAAGAGAUGUUCCUAUUGGCUGUUUGUGUCCUGCUGAGUUUGUUCAUCGUAAUCUUUAUGGUGUUCAUGUUGGGUGGAAAAGCUACGGAGGUUGAAAAGGCGAGGGUCUGAGCUUUGAAAGGAGUAGAUGAGUCUACCGUUAGUCAGA